CUUUUGUAGGGAGUCUUCAUCUGUGUAAGUGCCUACCGAGCCGUGCACACACAAAUCUCACCGAUUGCGCAACAGUAUAUACGUAUCUCACUCUACCUGAAAUUCUUCCCUGUUUACCUUGUGUGUGUGACUAUUUACUGUUACAGAAUAACAUUCACAUGGUCCUAUUCUGAAUGCAAAUUACCAUCAGCAAUCUGGAUAUUAAAACCAUCCAACGGGUUCUACCUAACUCCAAAUCAACAUGGCAGACGAAGACCUUAUGUUUAGGAUGGAAGAGCUUGAUAAUGCUCGACCACUGAAGGUACAGUGCUCGGCUUACCACAAGGCUGAAAGUGAUGAUGAAGAUAAUUUCUUUAUUUGCCCCAUAACUGAGGACCCAGACUUGCACCAUGAAAAGAACAAGAAAAAUGCUCGCUUUCACAGCAAACUGGUGAAACAAGUGGAUUAUGGGUCCAGCUCAUCUCCAAGAAAUUCUUUCAAGACUGAAAAACUGCAAUAUACUAAGCAUGGCUGCUUGACUGAACGAGGUCGGGAAGCUUGGAAACAUGCAAUACUAAAGGCCAAACAGAUGCCGGACCCCUGGGCCGAGUUUCACUUGGAAGACAUUGAGACGGAGCAUGCUAUCCGACACAGGUACAGUGCUGUGUCUGGCCGGUGGGUACAAGAUGAAGUACAUAUUAAAAUGGCUUCUCAGGCAUUCGGUCGUGGUGCCAUGCGAGAGUGUUACAGAACGAAAAAGCUCUCUAACUUUACACAUAAACAGCAGUGGAAACAUGCAUAUAACUAUGUAGCCAAACGAUACCUGGAGACAGUAGACCGAGAAGUAUAUUUUGAGGAUGUUCGGCUUCAAAUGGAAGCCAAGUUAUGGGGAGAAGAAUAUAACAGACACAAACCACCUAAACAGGUGGAUAUAAUGCAGAUGUGUAUUCUGGAAAUGAAAGACAGGCCCGGUAAACCCUUGUUUCACUUGGAACAUUACAUAGAGGGGAAAUACAUUAAAUAUAACUCAAAUUCUGGAUUUGUACGAGAUGACAACAUCCGCCUCACUCCACAGGCUUUCAGUCACUUUACAUUUGAGCGUUCAGGUCACCAGCUUAUAGUUGUUGAUAUUCAGGGUGUUGGAGAUCUAUACACAGACCCUCAGAUUCACACAGAGAACGGGACGGAUUUUGGUGAUGGCAAUUUAGGGGUGCGAGGAAUGGCUUUAUUCUUCCAUUCUCAUGCUUGUAACAAGAUUUGCAACAGCAUGAGACUGACACCAUUUGACCAUUCACCUCAAGAAAGGGCCGUUCUGGACAAUUCUGCCAAGAUGCUUCAAUCUGCUAAAACGGUUGUCCGCGGUACAGAGGAGAAGUGUGGCAGCACUCGGGUCAGAACCGUGUCUGGCAGCCGACCUCCCCUGCUCUCGCGGCUGUCUGAAACCUCCGGAGAUGAACAUAUGAGCGACAUGGCGUUCGACUCUUUGCCCAGCUCACCCUCCCCAGUUACUCCUCAAGGCCACAGAUUUGAUGCGCACGGUUGGCCUUUGUUUAACGAAGUUGACAACUUGAAUGAAGACAAUAAUAAUAGUGAAAACCGCAGGGAUUCUGAAAAUGGCGGAGACAGUGGAUGUCCCAGUGAAAAGAGAAGUGAAUCAGAUGAAAUAGAAUCUCGACACCAUUCGAACUACAACAGGAGACGUUUGGAAUCCGAGUCAGAAGAUAGCUUUGGAAAGAACAAAGGUGUUAUAAAUAAAGCUCAUGUGAUCCUUAAAAACAGCCCUCGGAGUAAACUGGUCACCGUAGAGAGAUGGAACCAGUUCCACGCAGAUCGCGUUCACAUUCACCGAUCCUCCUGCGUGGCAGUUGAAGUACAGAGGUUAAAUGCGCUUGAACUAGAAAAGAAAAUUGGGAAAUCUAUUCUUGGAAAGGUUCAUUUGGCAAUGGUACGUUAUCAUGAAGCUGGCAGAUUCUGUGAAAAAGAUCAGGAGUGGGAUCAAAAAUCUGCAAUUUUUCACCUGGAACAUGCAGCCCACUGUGGGGAACUGGAGGCUAUUAUUGGGCUCGGACUUAUGUACUCACAGUUACCCCAUCAUAUCCUGACAGAGGUGUCUAUUGAGGACACAGAAGAUAACAGAGUUAAAGGAUUUAACUAUUUGUUGAUGGCAGCAGAAGCUGGUGAUCGUCCUUCCAUGAUUCAUGUUGCACGGGCAUUUGACACAGGCUAUAAUCUUGGGUCAGACAGGCUUCAGGACUGGCAGGAGGCCUUGUUCUGGUAUAAUUCUGCCCUGAACAUGACAGAUUAUGAUGAGGGUGGCGAAUACGAUGGGACACAAGAUGAACCAAAGUACCUGCUGCUGGCCCGAGAGGCUGAAAUGCUGCUAUGUGGAGGUCACAACCUGGAGAAGGACCCACAAAGAUCAGGUGACUUGUACACAGAAGCUGCGGAAGCUGCUAUAGAGGCGAUGAAGGGACGGUUGGCAAACCAAUACUACCAGAAGGCAGAGGAAGCAUGGGCCCAGAUGGAGGAGUAGAAAGUCCAGGUUUCUGCAAAGGAUGGCGGCAGCUGAAGAAUUGUACUAGACUAAAAGAGACUAUGAUAUAAGUUUGUUACAAAAUGGUUUCUUUGUCUCUGGAUAACCCUUUUGCUUGUUUACAUUGAGACAAAAUGAAAUACUAUAUUUUUAUUAGAUGUUGUAGAGUUGGUGAGAAUGUCCACCCAAACUCCUGCAGCAGUAACCCCUUUUUAUAACUAGUUCCUUUGUAAAUAUGUGCACUUUGUUUUGCGUUCCCCACUCUUUCCCCGUUGCAAGACUAUAUGCAGGCAACUGUAUCCCUGUAAGCCGCAUGCAUCCAUGUGAACCCCUUUCUUUUCUUUGAAGAAAAGAUUCCGUUUUUACUGCUAGAAAAAAAGCAUAUUUUUUAUUUCAUUUCACAUCAUUCUUCAACAGUAGCCAGCAGGAAUCUGUAGACAUCAGUAUACAUCUGACACUGUGGGGCUUGGUUAGGAGUCUGAAAAUCAGCACAAUGUAUUUAAAAAUAAACAAAACUAUACAUUGUUACAAACACACUCCCAGGUGGGCUGUAUAAAUAGAUUGUCUACAUCAUCAAACAUAAAAGGUGCUUGCCCAGUACUUUAUACAAAACAAGGGGAUAGGCAAAAGAGUAUGAAGGGUAAUUAAAACAAAAUAUAAAGUUAGAGGAUAAGGAUCUGUGAUAUUUAGCUUUUUGUACCCUGAGUAUUCUGGUUUAGAACUAACCUGUUGCUCCCUCUCUAGACGUUCAGUAUGGUCUCUUUUGAGAGCCUAUAUGGAACUCCUUGCCUCAUUGAUUACAGGUUGUUUUAAGAAGGUUUUACUGGGACUGCGUAUUGCUCAGUUUGAUGUUAAUUUAGAAAUAUCUACAGAUAUAAAAACACUAUCAAAUGAUUUCUGUGUUUUUUAGAGAUAAGUUCAAGUCUUUAAAUUUAUUUAAUGUGUAAGAUACUGUAAUCCAGGGUUUUAAUGUAGGGACAUUAAAGGGCCAUAAUACCCAAAUGUUUAAACACUUGAAAGUGAUGCAGUAUAGCUGUAAAAAGCUGACUAGAAAAUAUCUCCUGAACAUCUCUAUGUAAAUAAGAAAGAUAUUUUACCUCAAAAGUUUCUCAGUAGCCACCUCCCAUUGUAAAGGAUUUCUAAGCAGCAUAUUAGUGUGUCUGUCCUGGGACAGUUUAGGGGAUGAGCCUCGUGAACUCUCAUAUUAUUUCCCUAUUCAGCUUACUAUGAAAUCUCAUGAGAGUUAAGUGAAAUUUCAUGAGAUCACAGUAAAAGAGUUCAUGACCUCAGCACUGCUGAUGCUGAUUGGCUGCUGUUCAUUUCUUCAUUUUUUUAUUUUUUUUUACCUGCAGCUGGGAGCAGCUGAGUAUAACUUUUUACACAGAACUUACUCUGCUGAGCUGAGGAGAUUGUGAGGUAAAAUAUCUUCCUUUUUUACAUAGAGAUGCUCAGGUGAUAUUUUCCUGUCAGCUUUUUACAGUUAUACUGCAUCAGUUUCAAGUGAUUUAGCAUAUGAGUAUUAUGUCCCUUUAAGUUGUAGUUACAUGCCCUUUAAAUCAAAUCUCUCCAGCAAGCUUGUGAAUUAAUACCAAAAUAUUCUUAUGCAUUUAAAAGCAUGACAUGAUAUUUUACAUAAAUACGUAUGAAGCACAAUUUUCAAUUAGUUGCCUAGGUGCACCCAAAGAAGCUAAGGAGUGACACCUUGUGAGUGACACCUUGUGAUUGACACCUUUUCACCUUUUUCAGAAUUCAGCUUCAAACUAUGCACACAUUUCUUUUUGUUCUCCCUUAAAGGGACAGUCUACUCAAAAAUGUUUAUUGUUUAUAAAGAUAGAUACUACCCAUACCCCAACUUUGCACAACCAACAUUCAGGGACAGUUUACCCAAAAAAUGUCUCCCUUUUAAAUUGUUCCUAAUGAUCCAUUUGACCUGUUGGAGUGUAUUAAAUUGUUUACAAGUAGCUCCUUUACCCCUAUUUUGUCCUUAAAAAUAGCUGAUUUAGCUUGUGGUUUCCCAACCUAUACUGAAAGUUUUGAUACUGGAGUCUCUGCUAUUGAAUACGCUAAGUAAAUACAGCCAGUAGAAGAAAUGACACUCCCAGUGGGGUGCAGGUUAGUUAAGUAAUAACAUGAUAAUUUUACAUUGUUCUAUCUAUGUAUAAAGCUUUAGUUUUCCAGACAAAUAUAAGAUAAGGAAGCAAGUGUGUGUACACAAAGUGAUAACAUAAUGAGAUCUGAUAUUACCUACAAGCUCAACCCAUUGUAUUAGGCUGUGCUUUCAAAGCACAAAACCAGAUACUUCAUAUACACAAAUAAACCUGAAAAUGCAAUUUCUCAAAAAUGUUAUACUCUGCAGCUGGUAUAACAAGUCAUUGAAAAUACAUUCAUAUAAAAACAAUUUUAUAGUGUACUGUCCUUUUAAACCUCUAAAUUUCUGCCUGUUUCUAAGCCCCUGCAGACCGCCUUUUAUCUCAGAGCAUUUUUAUAGCUUUUCACAGCAAGACACUCCUAGUUCAUGUGUGCCAUAUAGAUAACAUUGUGCUCACUUCCCUGGACUUAUUCAUGAGUCAGCACUAAAAUGCAUGUCUGUAAAUAGCAUUGAGAUAAGGAGGCCGACUGCAGAGGCUUAGAUACAAGGUAAUUACAGAGGUAAAAAUAUAAAAGUGUUGGUUAUGUAAAACUGGGGAAUGGGUAAUAAAGAGAUUAUUGUCUUUUUAAGCAAUAAACAUUUUGGAGUAAACCGUCCCUUUAAAAUGGAUUGCAAGUGUUGCUGCUCGUGACAAACAAAAUCCUUGUUAAAGCAGUGUGGAUACUAGAUGGUUUAGGUCACUGUGAAUUACUCAAAGAUAGGGAUGGGCGAAUGUGCAAAUUUUCGAAUUUCGAAUGUAGAACGAAUGUUAUUACCGAAAUUCGAAUUCUAAAUUCGAAUGUCGAUAAGAAUGAAUAUUCUUAAAAAUUCGAAAAUCGAAUGUUAUUUACAGUUUUCGAAUGUCACUUUCGAAUUCGAAUGUUUAUAAUUAUAUCGAAUGUCUACAUUCGAAAUUCGAAUUUUUCGAAUUCGAAUAUAAAUUCGAAUUUUUCGAAUUCGAAUAUAAAUUCGAAUUUUUCGAAUUCGAAUAUAAAUUCGAAUUUUUCGAAUUCGAAUAUAAAUUCGAAUUUUUCGAAUUCGAAUAUUGCGUAAUUCGAAUAUUACAUUUAAAAGCAUUAGAAAUACUAUUACAAUCUAAAUUCGAAUUUUUCGAAUUCGAAUACACGUAUUGCAUAAUUCAAAUAUUACAUUUAAAGAAAAAGCAUUAGAAAUACUAUUACAACCUAAAUUCGAAUUUUUCGAAUUCGAAUACACGUAUUGCAUAAUUCGAAUAUUACAUUUAAAGAAAAAGCAUUAGAAAUACUAUUACAAUCUAAAUUCGAAUUUUUCGAAUUCGAAUAUUGCAUAAUUCGAAUAUUACAUUUAAAGAAAAAGCAUUAGAAAUACUAUUACAAUCUAAAUUCGAAUUUUUCGAAUUCGAAUACACGUAUUGCAUAAUUCGAAUAUUACAUUUAAAGAAAAAGCAUUAGAAAUUCUAUUACAAUCUAAAUUCGAAUUUUUUGAAUUCGAAUAUUUUCGAAUGUAAUCGUAAAAUUCGAAACCGAAUAUUCGAAAAUCGAAUGUUAGAAUGUUAUGUAAACAUUCGAAAUUCGAUUCGAACGAACGAAUGUGUUAAAAUUCGUGCCGUUUUUCGAAUGUUGCGAAACAUUCGCCCAUCCCUACUCAAAGAUAGUAUGCUGCCUGUUAGCACUUAUGAACUGUGAGCUUGAAAGCAUAUAAAUUUGUCAUAACCAUAUAUUUAUAUUUUGGGAAGAUAAAAAAAUAAUAAUGUGGGUCUAUUUUAAAAAAAACAAACCUGCUUAAUAAAUCAUAAUUAGUUAACUGAGUAGAAUCAAUGCUAUUCCAUCUUAAGGGAAGAAAAGAAUGGAGAGUUUUGCAAUAUGGGAGUUGUUAUAUUUCUCCUAUUGGGUGUGUAAAUCACAGUCACAUUCAUACCUCAUCCAUAUGGACAGAUUGGUAAACAAGGGUUAGUAUGUUCUGGGGGACAUGAAAAUGUGUGAAAGAAAAAGGCUAAACAAAAAUACUGAUAUGACAAAACAAUAAUGCAUUUAUCAUUGCCAAAUGCUUUCAAAUAUGAAGCUGCAAUUCUAUGCAGUUUCCAGUUUGUAUUUAAUUGCCCUUUAAAUGUGUAUAAGCAUCUAUAAGUAAGUUUCAUAGUUCCUCUUUUGUAUAAUUUAUACAAAGAUAUUUAUCUGCAGCAGUUCUGAUCUUUCAUCUCAGGAAACAGAAAAACAGGAGAUCGGUUUUGUCACAACUCACAUUCGGGAGACAAAAGCUUUAUGAUUAAGGCUUUUAGGUCACAGCAUGUGAUUGCUGGAUAGAUUUCAUUUAAAUGUUACAGGAAAUCCUGUUUCAUUAGCAUAAUAAGGACGUAUGUCAUGUCAUCCAAGAUCAAGAUGAAAAACUGUACCACUAAGUAAGUUUAAACCAAAAAUACACAUCUGAUUCAAUACAGACCCAAUGCAUAUUCAGGUAACAGUAUUAGAUUUCUAUCAUUAAAAUAUACUACUUGGAAAUACAUUUUCUAAAGUAAUACUUUUUGGUACAAAUAAUUAACUGACUAAUUUCCAUUCUAAAGUCAUAAGGGCUUCAAAAGUAGUAUAAGCUUUAUAUGCAACUCCUGUACAGUUAAGAUACAACUGUCAAUAAACACUGAGUUGUUUAUUAUGGAA